AUGUCUGUUCCAUGUGUCCCAUCGUCUUUCCCAGCUCCUAACCUCCUCGGAGCAGAAUUCCUCGCCAUCGAAGCAGCCAUCGUAACAAACCACUCAGCCCCAGUCCCAAAAGGAUGGCGCUUCUCCCAACCAUCAGUCGACGUGCACAAUGCCACCUUUUGCAACGUAACCUUGACAUACACCCACCCCGGCCAAAACGACACUCUAAACGUCGAGGUCUGGCUCCCGCUUGCUGAAGAGUGGAACGGCAGGCUUCAGGCUGUCGGGGGAGGCGGGUGGAAUGCUGGCCGGUUUCCGCUGAGUUGGAUGGGUAUGGCCGGGGCUGUUGCUGAUGGCUAUGCUACUGUGACUACGGAUGCUGGGCUGGGUGAUGCCUAUGAUCCGUUGCCUUGGAGCUUUGUUAGUCCGGGGAAUGUUAAUCUGUAUGCGUUGCAGAAUCUUGGGCUUGUAUCGUUGGGUGACGAGGCAAUCAUCGCAAAGGAUGUCAUUAAUAGCUAUUAUGGCAAACUACCUUCAUACUCCUACUGGAACGGAUGCUCCCAAGGAGGUCGUCAAGGCGCAAUGCUCGCCCAGCAGUUCCCAACAGCCUACGACGGGAUCAUCUCUGCAGCGCCGGGCGUAUACUGGGCCGAGAUGUUUUUCAGCAACAUAUGGCCUACGUUUUACAUGGAAAUCACAAAGCAAUAUCCUCGAGGCUGUGAGCUCAAUGAGCUCACGGCAAUUGCCACGUCGAUCUGUGAUCCUUUGGAUGGUGUCAAGGAUGGACUCAUCUCGGAUCCUGAAGGGUGUCGUGCUGCUUUUAAUCCCUUUGAUCAUGUCGGAACUUCAUUCAAAUGCGUUGAAAACGGCUUUACCGAUACAAUCAAGGUUACAAAAGCGGCUGCUGCUGUGGCAAACGCAGCAUACAAAGGACCCGUCUUCUCCAACGGCAAACCCCUCUGGUACGGCUUCGAAAUCGGCUCAGAUCUCAGCUACAUCGCACCAACAAACUGCACAAGCACCGUCUGUGUAGCUACUGGGCACGCGAUGAUCGAACUUUGGCACGAUGCCUUUGAUGUCGCCAAUACUCCGCUUGAUUUCUCCAACCUCACCCACAAAGACUUUGACAACAUGUACCGAAUGGCAAAGAGAACAUAUGCGCCAUUUUUGGCUACGGAUGAGCGUGAUCUAUCUGGAUUUAGGGACGUUGGAGGAAAGAUGAUUACCUUUCAUGGCCUGAUUGACCCGAUUAUCCCGGCCGAGAGCUCCCUCGCCUACUACAAAGCCGUAUCAUCCUUCCUGGGCGACACUCAAGACUUUUACCGCUACUAUCGCGCACCAGGACUCAGUCACUGCUUAGGAGGCCCUGGUGGACAGCCCGAGCAACUAUUCGCGCAACUACGAGAAUGGGUAGAGAACGGCAAGGCUCCCGAGGAAUCACCCGUCCUCAUCAUGACGCCAGACAACAAGACUCAACAGCAAAUAUUGUGCAAUUUCCCCAAAAAGGCUGUCCUGGACUCUUCAUGUUCCGACGCCAACAGCACAGAGUGCUGGUCCUGCACUGAUGAACAACAAAUCCCUUCCAAGCGGAAUGGCCAACAGAUACUAUACUAG